GAAAAGCAUGUGGAAAACAACGAGAACUCUGGGGGUUUCGCGCAAAGGAAAGGCAAGAGAUAUACAUUUGAAAUGGGUAUGCGAUAGCAGAGGGUUCCAAUUGCGCCGCUGGCGUGAAUCACCCCUUACCAUCGCAGCACUCACGACACGCACCUACUCCUCGACCACCACCACAACCACACCACCCCCGAUCAUCCAAAUCCAAAAUGCCACCUUCUACGCAAACCACCCCUCAUCCGCCCCCAAUGACAAGAACCCCCCUCUCUUCCCCAACCUAACCCUCACCCUCCCCUCCUCCUCCACCCCUCCCCAACACUGGGCCCUCCUCUCCCCCUCCUCCACAAUCCGCACCACCUUCCUCCGCCUCCUCCGCGGCGACCUCAUCUGCGUCCCGCCCCAAUCCCGCACCUACCCCUACCUCCUCACCCCAGAGAUCUCCUCCAAACACCCCUCCCUCCGAAACCCGGACGUAGCCAUCUCCUACGUACACUUCCUCCCCACCCGCUCCCCCCACGAAUCCUUCUCCUACCUCUCCGCGCGCUACGAGUCGCGCGUCGAGACCACGGAUUUCACGCUCGAGCGGUACUUGACGGGCAUCGAGGGGCUGAAUCCGGGCGAGGAGAUGGUGAGGGAGAAGAUGCCGGAUAGGGAGGUUAUGGAGAGGGUGGUGCGGGAUCUGGAGUUGGAGGCGUUGUGGGGCAGGCCGUUGGGGCAAUUGAGUAAUGGGCAGAGGAGGAGGGCGGGGAUUGCGAGGGCGUUGUGUAGGAGGCCGGCGUUGGAGGUUUUGGGGCUGGAUGCGCCGUUUAUUGGACUGGACCCUUUUGUCGCUCAGCAUAUAUCAAACGUGCUGUAUAAGCUCGCUGAGGCGAACAAGCCCCGGAUCGUGCUUGCUCUGCGACCUCAAGACCCGAUCCCAGAGUGGAUCACGCAUAUUGUGUACGCAGGAGAAGACGGAGUCGUGGCUGCUCAGGGCCCGAAAGAGGAGGUCUUCAAGUACCUGAAGGAAGAGUACCAAAGGGCAGAACAAUCCUUCGUGGGUGGCCAGGGGGAAGAGAAAGAGUUGGAUCCCAAGUUGGUGGAGAUCAGAGAAGUCGGUCGUCAUCUCUCCGAACGGGGCGAUUUUGAAGUUGACGCUCCAACCUCUACUGCAUCUGGCCCUCUCCUGAGCCGCGACGGCUUCGAGAAAUACGACACCUCGCCCACCCCCCUCGGCGAGCCCGUCGUCGAAAUGCAAGGCGUCCGCAUCAGGUACGGCAGCACCUCUGUCCUCGGCGACUGGACGCAAACCAUCGACGGCACACCCAAACCAGGGCUCUGGUGGACCGUCCGCCGCGGCCAGCGAUGGGGCAUCUUCGGCGCCAACGGCUCAGGCAAGACGACGCUCCUCAGCCUCGUCACGUCGGACCAUCCGCAAACCUACUCGGCGCCCGUUCGCAUCUUCCAGCGCUCGCGGCUGCCCGAGCCGGGGAAACCGGGCAUCACCAUCUUCGACAUCCAGGCCCGCAUGGGCCACGCCUCGCCCGAAGUCCACGCCCUCUUCCCCAAACACCUGUCCAUCCGGCGCACGCUCGAGUCCGCCUGGGCGGACACGCCCAUCACGCCGCCCAGGCUCGACGACGAGGCCGUGCGCCGAGUGGAUGCUUGUCUGCGCUGGUUCGAGCCGGAACUGAACCCAGGUUACAUAUACACCAAACAAGGCUCGUCUAGUACCAGGUCCGAUCUCUCGUGGUCCGACAUCCCGCUCUUCGGCGCCCUACCGACCUCGACACAGCGCCUCCUCCUCUUCCUGCGCGCCACGAUCCGCAACCCGGACACCGUCAUUCUCGACGAAGCCUUCAGCGGCAUGGACGACCUCGUGCGCGAUAAAUGCCUCCUUUUCCUCAGCCGUGGGGAAACCAUGUCGUUGCACUAUACUGAGGCGGGGGUGAGGCCGGUGGAAAGCGAGCUGAGUAAGAAAGGGGAGGUGGUGUUGAGGGGGUUGGAGGAUAGACAGGCGUUGUUGGUGGUGAGUCAUGCGCGGAGCGAGAUUCCGGGGUGUGUGAGGGAGUGGGUUUGUUUGCCUGAGGGGGGCAGGGGGGUGCCGAGGUGGGGGAGGUGGGAUGGGCCGGUGGAGUUGGAGGGGGGGAGGUGGAGGGAGGUUUGGGGGGUGGAGAGGUAG